UGGAAACUAAGUGGGUAUCCUAAUAACGCUUCUGGGACCAUGGCGGCUGUCAUGAGAACCGGAUCGGUAACAUUGAUCAAGGGUCUGAGUGGCCUUCAGUGGCAGCAGCUUGUCUCUCGACCCUUGAGCGUAUCUGCUGUUCGCUUUGGUUCAGAAGCACCACCCGCUCGCGCCGAUGCAACCUUUAAGGUCACAAUGGUUCCAGGAGAUGGUGUUGGACCUGGGCUGAUGUCUGCUGUCAAGGAUGUGUUCAAAGCAGGAGACGUCCCUGUGGAAUUUGAGGAGUUCCAUUUGAGUGAAGUACAGAAUAUGGCCAGCGAGGAGAAGCUGGAGCAAGUGUUGACAUCUAUGAAGAGCAACAGAGUCGCAAUUAAAGGAAAGAUCCACACCCCCAUGGAGUUCAAAGGGGAGUUGGCUUCAUAUGAGAUGAGACUGAGACGUAAACUGGACCUCUUUGCCAAUGUUGUUCAUGUGAAUAGCCUGCCAGGCUAUAGCACACGCCACAACAAUCUGGACCUGGUUAUCAUUCGAGAACAGACAGAGGGGGAGUACAGCUCCUUGGAGCAUGAGAGCGUGACAGGUGUGGUUGAAUGUCUGAAAAUCAUCACCAGAGUGAAGUCAAGGCGCAUCGCCAAGUUUGCUUUCGAUUAUGCCACGAAGAAGGGGCGAAACAAGGUCACGGCUGUUCACAAGGCAAAUAUCAUGAAAUUAGGUGAUGGCCUUUUUCUCCAGAGCUGUGCAGAAGUGGCACAGCUGUACCCAAAAAUCAAAUAUGAGAACAUAAUCAUCGAUAACUGUUGCAUGCAGUUGGUCCAAAACCCAUACCAAUUUGAUGUGCUGGUAAUGCCCAACUUGUAUGGUAACAUUAUUGAUAACCUGGCAGCAGGACUGGUGGGAGGGGCAGGUGUUGUUCCCGGUGAAAGCUACAGUGCAGAAUAUGCAGUAUUUGAGACGGGUGCACGCCAUCCCUUUGCACAAGCAGUAGGCAGGAACAUUGCCAACCCCACAGCCAUGCUGCUGAGUGCUGCCAACAUGCUUCGGCACCUCAACCUGGAUUAUCACUCCCAAAUGGUGUCAGAUGCUGUCAAAAGGGUCAUCAAACAGGGGAAGGUACGGACAGGAGACCUUGGCGGUUACUGUACCACGGGCGACUUUGUGCGUGCUGUUGUGGAUAACCUGCGAUACCGACCUAUUUAGAUAUGUUCUUCCAUAUACUUUCAUUCCUCCAUGUUUCUUUAAUAUGGACGCUGAUUUUUCAUGAAAUGAUUAUUUGUUGCUUGUCUCCCUGACAACAUGACAGUUGGAAAGAUUUUAUACUACUGGGUUUUCUAAUAGUAUACAUGUUUUACUAGAGCCCAGCAAUGAUCAUGGGGCUGCUGCUGAACAAUGUAUACAUUAACUGAGUCCCAUUUAAAGAAUUAAAAGCUGACCCACUCCUCUCCAUGAACCCCAUACAUCAGUUUGCCUCUUUACCCUCUAUGUUCUGUGAAUUUUGCACAUGAUUUAAAUCCGUUUACGCUGUUUAUCAAGUUCACAGCAAUCUUUUCACCCGUUCACUUUCUACCAUCAAUGCUGCAUUAUGACGUGGUGAAUCUGUUUGUUAGACCUCCACAACUUUGCCUUCUUUUGCUGGUCUAACUCUACUUUUGCUAUGAGACACUGUCGGAGAAUGUCCAUGUUUAUUGCUACAAUUUAUUAAAAAGUGUAAUGUGUACAACUCUGGUACAGCCAAUAAAGACAACAACAAAAACCUA